AUGAGCAAGCAACGCGUCUCGCAAAGAUCCUCCAGCGACUUUAGCAUUGCCCGCAUCCUCUCCAAUGACCUUGCGCCGAAGCCAAAAAGCCAUUUUGCAGUUAGCGAGGUCAAAGAGUCUGUGGAAAAUGUCAGGGAGGAUAAAUUGAAAGAAAUGUCGAGAUUAGAAGCCGGGAGUGUGAAUGAAGAUGUUGCGAGUUUGAAGAAAGAUGGGGAAAGGUGCGACCGUUUGGGGAAAGAACUUCCGUGGCUUCGGUGUACUAGGUAUAGUCCGCCGAAAUUGCCACGGAGGCCUCAUUCCGGGAAAGAGGUAAAGCGGAGACUCGGGUCGCACCCUCGGAUUCCUUUCACGAAACUGCAAAUCCAGGUUUUGGAAGAAAAAUACAGAAUUAGUGCUUACCUUUCGAGGAGGGAUGUCAUUCAACUUGCUGGGGAUUUAAAUCUUCCUCAGAAUCGAAUUUUUCGUGAGAAUGUUGUUGCAACUGGACUCGCCACCCUAGAUGCUUUGAGAGACUCUGUUAGUAGGUUAUCAGAAGAUGAAGCAAUAGGGCAUCGCUACUGCAACGUAGAACACGACGUGGUAGAAAAUUUAAUUGACACAGUCUAG